AUGGGAUGUAUUAUAUCCUGUGGUUUGAAGCUCAUCCUUCAAAUUCUCAAUAUCGUCCUUUGCGUUGCCUUCCUAGGCGUGGCAGUCUUCGGAAUUAUAUUGAAGGCCUCAAAAUCUGCGGUUCAGAAUAUAAUCACAGGCAUUUUUGAACAUUUUAAGAUAGGAGAUGACGAUAUGCGCCAAUUGGCCAAAUUUAUAGUCGAUAACGCUGACGGAAUCGCAAUCAUUCUCAUUGUGCUUGGUAUCGCUCUCGCUACUUUGUGUCUCGUUGGGUGUAUUGCUUCAUGUUGCGGUUGUAAUAUACUACUUAAAAUUUAUGCAGUAAUUUUGAUAAUUCUCGUGGUGGCACAAAUUAUUGCCGUAUCAGUUCUCUUUUCUGAUUCGAAUCGUCUCUCCGGCCUACUUGUUGAAGCCAUGAACAAACUUCUACCAGCCUAUGGAGAAGCAUCCGAUGGAGGACAAACCGCACUCAGUGUUUGGAAUAUAUUAAUGACGUUUGAUAAACUAUGCUGCGGUAUGGAUGGGUAUGCCGAUUUCAAAAAUCUCACAAUUCUACCACCUCAAUGUUGCAACUCAACUAACCCUCCUUUGGCUUGCGAUCCAGUCAGGGCUGAAAGUGUCAAAAUGCCCGGUUGCCGUGACAAAAUUGUCACUUUCAUCUCAGAUAACCUCCAGACUCUGCUAUAUGUUUCUGUUGGUGCUAUCCUACUGCAGGUAAGAAAAAAAUCCACUGUGGCUGAAAAGCUUUCCCAUGGAUUUUUGCUUUUUCUUUGCAUUCAUACGUCGCCCUUAUCGCGAUCGUGUUCCUCUCCAUUUGCCUGUAGGCUGUCAGUAGCCCUCGAGAUCACAAUGGGCUGCAUGAUAUCUUGUGGUGUCAAGCUUGUUCUGCAAAUUGUAAACCUAGCUCUCUUCUUAGCAUUUCUUGCAGUAGGGAUACUAGGUGUCAUUUUAAAGUUUUCGAAGUCUGCGGUGCAGUCCUUGCUCGAAAAAUUAUUAAACGAAUUUGAAGUUGGAGAUGAUGACAUAAGGGAUUUGACCAAAUUCAUGGUUGAUAAUGGUGAUGGAUUUGCCAUUAUAUUGAUGGCUGUUGGCUUCGCUUUAGCAAUAAUUUGUCUUUUUGGACUUAUUUCUGCUUGUUGUGGACCGAGUAUACUAUUGAAGAUUUAUGUAGCUGUCUUGAUUCUACUAGUCAUUGUUCAAGUUGUAGUAGUCGCUUGCCUGUUCAAAGAUCAUACAGCCCUACCGAGAAUUUUAAUAAGGGCAUUUAAGGAGGCACAGCAGCAUUAUAACCAGCCUUCUGAUGAAGGCACAACUUCAACUUCAGUCUGGAAUUUAAUUAUGACAUUGAAUGGAUCAUGCUGUGGUAUUGACAGCUACAAGGAAUUUCCCACAUCUCCAACCCUCCCGUUGCAAUGUUGUGGUUUGGAUUCCAACUCAACUCAAACAACUUGUGAGGUAAGCGAGGCAGAGACUAAAAAUAUGCCCGGAUGUCGAAAGAAAAUUGAAGACUUUGUUUAUACCAACUCAAAAGUAGUACUGUAUAUCGCUCUUGCAGGAAUAGGUUAUUCUCAUUGUCUUGGUUUUCCUUGCAAUUUGCUGCUAAAUUCGACGAAACCGUGGAACUAUUUUUUUCUCUUUUCUGAUUCGAAUCGUCUCUCCGGCCUACUUGUUGAAGCCAUGAACAAACUUCAACCAAACAAACAAACCUCACUCAGUGUAUGGAAUAUAUUGAUGACGAUCAAAAUGGGCUGUAUUAUAUCUUGUGGUUUCAAGCUUGUUCUGCAAAUUAUAAACAUUAGCCUCUGUCUAGCCUUUCUGGCUGUAGGCGUACUCGGCAUUAUCCUAAAGUCUUCAAAGACCAUUGUUCAGUCCUUACUCGAAAAAAUAUUCGACCGGUUUCAAGUUGGAGAUGAUGACAUGCGAGAGUUGGCCAAGUUCAUGGUUGAUAAUGCUGAUGGAUUUGCAAUUAUCUUGGCGUCUGUGGGCUUCGUUUUAGCAAUAGUUUGUCUUUGUGGAUUUGUUUCUGUUUGCUGUGGUUUGGGAAUACUAUUGAAGAUAUAUGCAGCGGUCUUAAUUCUACUAGUCGUUGUGCAAAUUGUGGUAGUUGCCUUCCUGUUCUCCGAUCCUUCACAAAUACCGAAACUGUUAAUAAAGGCAUUAACAGAGGCCCAAAAACAUUAUAACGGGACUGGCGAAGAGGGAAAAACUUCAACUGCCGUCUGGAAUUUAAUAAUGACAUUUGACGGAUUAUGCUGUGGAAUUGACAGCUACAAGGAAUUUCCUACUUCUCCAACGCUCCCGAUGCAAUGUUGUCCUAAUACAACUCAAACAACUUGUACGGAAAGCGAGGCACAGACUGCAUCUGUGCCUGGAUGCCGAGAGAAAAUUGAAACAUUUGUUUACACUAAUGCAAAAAUGGCCCUCUAUGUCGCCCUUGCAGCAAUAGGUCUUCAGGCCAUUCUCAUCGCCAUGGUUUUCCUUACAAUUUGCUGCUAA